AUGAAUGCGGUGCGAAACUUUUUCCUUUCAGAAAGGCCUCCCUACUCACAUGUCGCAGACCUGGAGACAAGUUUCGAUCCUAGGGUGACUUUAAACAAGCUGCAACGAUACAAACCUACAGUGAAAGAUGUUUUCCAUUAUACCUUUCUAGGAUCGAUAUUUUUAUUUGUUUUCAUUACAAAUCCAGCGCCUUGGCUCUAUAAAGUACUGGUUUAUUCCUUCCUGGGUUUGCUUUUCAUGAUUCCCAUCACAUCACAGUUUUUCUUCAAUGCUUUACCAAUUUUGACGUGGGUGGCCCUUUACUUUACCUCUUCGUACUUUCCGGCUAGUCACAGGCCAAAGAUUACAGUGAAGGUGCUGCCCGCUGUGGAAACUGUAUUGUAUGGUGAUAACUUGAGUGAUAUCCUGGCGACUUCGACCAAUAUGUUCCUGGACAUUUUAGCUUGGAUACCUUAUGGAUUAUUUCACUUCGGUGCUCCUUUCGUGGUGGCUAUCAUUCUAUUUCUUUUUGGGCCUCCAACGGUGCUGAGAGGAUAUGCUUUCGCUUUCGGCUACAUGAAUUUGAUUGGUGUCAUAAUUCAAAAUACAUUUCCAGCAGCUCCUCCUUGGUACAAAAUAUUGUAUGGUUUGGAGUCUGCUCACUAUGGUAUGCACGGUUCUCCUGGUGGUUUAGCCAGAAUAGACAAGCUACUGGGGAUCAAUCUGUAUACCAGCGGCUUCACAAACUCUUCCGUUAUCUUCGGAGCCUUCCCAUCACUUCAUUCUGGUUGUGCCACAAUGGAGGCUCUUUUCUUCUCAUAUUGUUUUCCCAAAUUAAAGCCAAUUUUCAUCGUUUAUGUUUGCUGGCUGUGGUGGUCUACGAUGUAUUUGACUCAUCAUUAUUUUAUUGACCUCGUCGCCGGAUCUGUUCUUUCGUAUACCAUCUUCCAGUAUACCAAGUAUACGCAUCUCCCCGUCGACACCAGUCUAUUUUGCAGAUGGUCAUAUGCCGAUGUUGAGACUUAUGAUGUUUCGAAAAUGAAUCCAUUGCGUGCUGAUCCAAAUGAUGUGGAAAACGUUCCUCUUUCGAAUUUGGAACUCGAUUUUGAGUUAAACUCUAUGGAUGAAGCAAGCCGCACUUCCUCAAUCUUUGACGGCCCCACAUCAACUUCCAGAUCCUCGGCGACGUCUAAUACGUCAUUGGCUGAGUUUCAACACGACUAUGCUAGCGCUUCUCCCAGGCUCAAUAAGUCAAGAUUUGACUGA